AUGACAGAUUCAGAAGACUCGGACGGCUCACAAAUCGAACAACCACGGCUAAAUUACAAGUUUUUUCCCAAAUAAAUAAUUUUUUUCAACAUUUCGAGGAAGGAGUUUUCAGUUUCCGAAACUCGUCGCUCAGCGGUCGAAACGAUGAUUCAGAGGUCGGCGGAUUCACGACGGACGGCGAAACUAACCGACAUACCCCGUAAAUUGCAAUAAUUGCAAAAAAUCGAAAAAAAAAAAUUGUACAGGGAGCGAAAACAGUCGAUGUUUCUGGAUCGGCGUGAGCUGGAGAAGAAGCAUUUCGAUAUGAUCAACGAGCGAAUCGUCGAGGACGUCACUAUGGAUCAACUUUACAAGCCACAUAGUCUGACCGUCCUCGCGCUUUUCAUCGCUUUUAUCGUUUAUAAAGCCGUUUAUGGGUGAAUUUUGUGCAGUUUCCCAUUUGAAAUAUCGAUUAAUCGUUCAGAAAAACCGAAAAUUCGUCGGAAAGGAACUUCUACGACGGAUUUCUGGGCGCCGGCGCACUUUUCCUGCUGCUCAGUGCGCUCACGUUCCCGAACGGACCGUUCAUUCGGCCGCAUCCCAUCCUGUGGCGCGUCAUUUUCGGCCUUUCCGUCAUCUACGUCAUCAUCCUUCAAUUCGCCCUUUUUCAGGACUAUGACGACCUCAAAAAGGUGAAAAAUGCAAAAUUUAUGGAUUUUCUAUGCCCAAAACCAUCGGAGGCGUGUAUUCUUGAACAAUAUCUGCAAAAAUGAGCAUUCUGAGCGCUAGGACGAAAUUUCAAACGAAUUUAUCCCAAAUUUCCCUUUUCCCUUAAAAACCUGUUUCUGUUCAGAUUCUGACGUGGCUGGAUCCGGAAGGACUCGGCCAGAAGAGCCUGGAAGAGAAGGAGUACGCCUCCGAUUGCUGGAACCUUUCGUUCGCGAAAAUCUGGAGCCACGUGGACUUCUUCGCGUUCUCGCACUUUGCCGGCUGGAUCAUGAAGACUCUGCUGCUGCGGCACUGGGUCCUCUGCUGGUUCAUCUCGAUCAUUUGGGAGUUCACCGAGCUCAUGUUCAUCGAUUUGCUUCCCAAUUUCGCCGAGUGCUGGUGGGAUUCCCUCCUGCUCGACGUGCUCAUUUGCAACGGCGGCGGCAUUUAUGUCGGCAUGAAACUGUGCAAUUUCCUGCAAAUGCGCCAAUUUCACUGGGAAAGCAUACAAAACAUAAAGUCGCGCCGCGGCAAAAUGAAGCGGUUCGCACUGCAAUUCACGCCCGAAAGCUGGAGCGGAUACGACUGGUUCUACAGCCGAUCCUUCUCGAAUUCCCUCCGACGAACCAUGCUUUUGACGUUUCUCGUCUCGUUUUGGCUGGUUAGUGAAGGCGAAAAAACCAAAUGGUGAUAGUUUGUUUUGCAGGUGGCCGAGCUGAACACGUUCUUCAUCAAGCACAUUUUCGCGAUCGACACGCAACACCCGGUGGUUUUCUGGCGCAUCAUCCUGAUCGCGGUGAUCGCGGCGCCGACGAUCCGCCAAUUUUACGUCUUCUCGACGGAUCCGCUCACUCGCCGCGUCGGCAUGCAGUCCUGGGUGUUUGUGGCGAUUUGUGUGCUCGAGUUGGCGAUCUGCGUCAAGUGCGGCGGCGACGUUUUCGCGAAUACCACGUGGCAAACUGUCGUCGUUUGGAUCGCCGUGAUAGUAAGCCCAAAAAAGAAAAACCGCCCGAAAAACACGUUUUUUCCAGAUAAUCGGCACAAUUUUCUGUAUUUUGGCCUCGACCUGGUACGCCGAACACUUUGGAACGACGGCCCGAGUGAUGGUGAAGGGACGGCGCCGCCUGUGUUAUUUGGAGUCGUCGCACGAGAAUCUCGGAAUUCUGCAGGACGACGUCAUCAAAAAACGAGAAGAAUAUUUGAGCACCUCGCCGAGACGAUAA